AUGUUAUCAUAAUUGCAACACUGAAACAUACCUUGGCAUCGCAAUGUGAAUGUCAAAAAGGCAGAACACUCAAAAACCUGGAAAAAAGUGUUGUUUUAUUGAAAACAUGGCAUAUUGCAGCUAAAACAGCAGGUGUGCACACAAAGUAAACGAUUGUGUAAUUAAUAGCCUGGCUGCAGUGCAUAGAAAUUAAGUUUCGACUCGAAAUUGACGCGUGUAAAAGGCAAACAAGAAAAAAAAUUCCAACACAGACCUUGGAGUGGUAGCAUACACAUACACAACUGGCCAACACACACACGCGCACACACGCACAUUGUGAUAAACGGGGCCCAGUCGAAAACGUCAUAUAUUUCCCCCCCGCCCGCUCGCUCGCUGCUUUAAGCCAAAUUAGCAGACUUUCAAGGCAGGAAGUCCGCUCUGAGGAUCCACCACCAUCACGACGACAGCUGCAAAAUGGUAAAUGUGCCGCCACUGCUGUGCAGCACGCCGCCACCGAUCGAUUUUGGCGAGGACGACGACGACUCGGGCCUGCAGUCAACGAUCAAUUUGGAUGACGACGACGACGACUUUGGCUUAGUCACCAGCAACCGCUCAGCGCUAACAAAAGAAACCCAUACAGAAGCCCAACCUGUGUACAGCGAGAGGCCGCCUGAACUGGAGCUGACUAGCAAACCAAAUGCAGAGGAAAUAAGGCAAAAUGUGGAGGCUUUCAAUUACCAAGUGAAACAGUCGCCGUCGCUUGAUGACUAUCAGGAGACGCCGCCACCGCUAGAGGAGGAGCUGCAGGACGAGGAUGAAGAGGAGGAGGAAGAGAUAGCCAAUAUAAAUGACAAUGUGCCGUCCCUGAAGCUGGACAGCCUGAGUCUGUACUCCACGGAAAGCGUCUCCGCCGCGUCCACGCUGUCGCCUGUGGCAGUUGCCGAGGAGGAGAUGCCAGCUCCAACCAAAGCACCAGCAGCAGCCGCAGCACCACCUGUACUCAGCCAUCAAGUCACGCUGGAAGAUGUGUCCGAUGACAGCGACGAUGAGUGUUCGCCAAAGAAACCCAAAGAAUUAUUUAUACGCGAGGGAGCUGAAGAUUUCUUUGCCAUUGAAGUGCUGGCAACGCCCACAGAAACAGCCUUCUCCUUCCCUUCCGCCUUCUCCAUGGAUAAGCCAGCGGUUGAGGCGGAUUCAGUUCAGUUUGCUGCGAGCUUUGAGCAGGUGAUAGAACAGUCUGUGGAGCAGCAGGAGGAGCACCAGGAGAGUCCUGCAGCGACUGAGGAGGAUGAAUUUGAUGACUUUGGCGACUUUGCGGACUUCUCGGCGGUGCCCGCGCCUGCCGUGGAGGUUAUGCCAGUGGCUAAGGAUUCCCCGGCGCCUGCUGCCGAUGAUGGCUUUGAUGACUUUCAAGAGUUUGCCACGCCACCUGCAGAGAAUGCUGACGAUGAUGAUGAUGACUUUGGUGACUUCUCAGAGCCGCUAACAGCAGCCAUGCCCACAGUUGCAGCCGUACCUCCGCCACCGCAGCCUGCUGCAGCUCCUCUUAGCAUCGAUGAGCGCAUUAAGCCCGUGCUGGAGCUUAUGUUUCCCCUGCACCUGUCGAUCAGCGCUGCAACUGAAGCCAAACGGCGACCGCUGGCGCAGUGUCAAAGCUUUAACUUUGGUGCCAUCGAGCAGGCCCAAGCGCUGGACUAUCACUGGACCAGCUCGGAGAUGCGGCACUCCCUCGUGCGUGCGCUGGGCAUCGAUUCGAGGAAUAUACUCUUUGGCGACAAGUGGAAUGCUUCCAUGCCGCGUUUUGCUGCCAAUUUGAGUUUUGAUCCGCUGAAGCCGCUCAAACCGCUGGAGGCGAGCAGUCAGCAGUUGUCCUCAGUGGGACUGGAAGCAACCGCCGCCGCAGCACCACAAACGAGCCAAACUGAAGCGCGGUCUGGCGCGUCUAAUGGGGAAAACUGUGUCCCUGCCAGCAGCAGCAGCAGCAGCAGCAGCGGCGAAAUCUCCUCCAGCUUUAAGCAGAACCACAACCCUUGCGCAGAGCUUAAUAGCGACUGCCUUGAGUCCACAGCAGCGGCAUCAGCAGCAGCUGCUGCUGCAGCAACAGCGACGCUAUCGACUGCUUUAUCAGCAAACGGCUAUGGCCACAACCUCAACGGCAGUGAGCAGCUGCAUCAGCAGCAGCACCAGCAACAGUUUGAUUUGAGAGCGCCAACUCCACCGCCAGUGGCAGCUCCAACACCACCAGAUGAUCUUAGACCCACGGCCAGCACACCAACUGGCUUUGCCAUGCCACUGAAGGAGACACACAUCUACACACCCUCGAAAUCGGACACGGCUGUGGCGAGGACCACAACGCUGGCGCCCAUUGAUUUUGACUAUGAGAUUGCGGCGACGGGCAUCAUCAUUGAUGAGACGGUGGUCAAGAAGGAGUACCGCGAUGUGGAGUACAAGCCGCCGCCAUUUGGCCUGGACUCGCCCAGCCGCUUGGGCAGCAGCAAUGGCACGAGCAGCUUUGAGCUGCCCACAACGACGCCCACAGUGGUGGAGGAUGAUGAUUUCAGUGACUUUCAGUCGAUGCCAGCGAAAACGCAGGCGGCGCUGCAGCCGCCACGGAACGGCACGCCCACAUUUGGCGAGCAAAUGAUACUCUGUCCGGCCAUACUGCUGCCACAGGCCAUACCGCUGGCCAAGACGGCCAUUGAGUGGGGCGACAAUGCGCUGUCCAGCAUCAAUGCCGAGGAAAUGGCACGCAUUGAGGAUUUGUUUUCGGCACAGUCCAAGCCGCCGACGAUAAGUGCAACGGUGGCCAAGCAGCCGCCACAACAGCAGCAGCAGCAGCAACAGCAACAGGAGGAUGAUGAAUGGUCGGACUUUGUGUCGGUGCCAGUGGGACAGCAGCAGCAGCAGCAGCAGCAACAGCCACAGCAACAGACCUUUAGCAAUAAUAACAAUGUCAACAGCUUGAAGAAGCCCCCAACUGGCCCUAGCUCUGCCCCAAAGGACGAUGACUGGUCGGACUUUGUGAGCAGCACGCCGCUGCCAGCGCGACCCUCCGCGCCACAAUUCAACUCCGGCGCCUGGCAGAGCGCCAACUUCUACAACAAUCCAUUGAGUCUCUAUCAGCAUCAGAAGCAGACGCAUGCACACAGCAAUUUGGUGCCCAGCAGCAAGAGCAACACCAACACAAACCACAAUAACAACAACAACAACAACAACAAUGUGCCUGCGACUCCACAGCAGAUACACAUUAUGCACGACUUCUCCACGGCGCCCUCGACAACGGUGGGAGGCGGAGUGGGUGCCACCUAUCAGCAGCAUCAUCAGCGGCAGCAGUUCCAGAUCGGAAAUGCCAAGGUGGCACCACGCAUAUCCCUCAUACCCGACUUGAGCUUUGUGGCGCCUGCGCUGCCCACCAAUGCGGGCGCCUUUAUGGGCUCGCUGCCCAAGCCCAGUUUUGGUGGCAAGAAAUGACAAAUGCUGCGAGGAGGCAAACUUCAUGUGAAUCCUCAAAAGAAACAGCAGCAGCAGCAGCAGCCGCCACGUCCACUGGCAGGAGAGGCCAGCAUACUCACGUAGAUUGGGCAGCGGAGGGGUGAUCCUGGGGUCCGCCGUGGAGUUGAGUCAGUAUUAUGAAUCCGUCUGAUAAUUACUUAUAGAACCUCGGAGCCAGCUGAAAGAAAACUGUGUUUAAUGUUGUCGUUGAAGUUAUUGUUGUUGUUUGUUGUUGUUGUUGAAGUUGUUGCUAGAACUCCCCCCAGAAAGUGCAGCAAAAACUCCAGCUCAAAAUUGAAACCAGAGAAACCAACUAGAGAGAUUUUAUGUGGCAGAAACCCUAGAGUCAGGGACUUAAAAUCAUUCCAGAGCAAACAACUCUUCCCUUUGUGACUGCCCAAGGUCCCAGCCCUAACCAAGAGAAUACUCCAGAGAAGUACGAAGAAAAGUAAACCCC